GCCAAAUCGGCGACCAAACACAACUGGUGAGAAUGGCUGGGUGUUUUUCUGUUCAAGUUCUGUGCACAUAUUGCGAUUAUAGCAGUCAUUUGUCUUAUACACGAGCCAUACAUCCCAAGGAUGAUGAGAUCUUGUGCAGAUUCUCACAGUGAAACUUUUCUCCUGCCUCUUUUUUUGUCAUGACGCAAAUCUCUUCUCCCCUCUCAUCCCGAGUCAGUCAGAGGAAUGCGCUGUGUGGAAUGGAGUGGGGUGAACUCUGAUCAAACUCUGGAAAGAAGGUAUCUGGAAUGUUUGCGGGUAGAUCAUCACCAUGACUGCGAAUAAGAACUAUAAAACAGCGUCUCACCAGAGAGGACGGGGGCCAGGAGACAUUCCAGAGAGGUGCCAGUCUGUGUCUCCGCCCCCGACCCUCCCCGCCGUCCGGCGUUCCCCGCACCCCUUCAGCGACAGCGAGGAGUCCAUCCCUACUCGGCCACGCCCAACAACUCGCACAACCCACCAAUCACAGGCCCUCCUGCGCCCCCACAACAGCAACAGCUCCGCCCUCUCCACAGAAUGCCCCUCCCUCAAGCUGCUGAGGAGCCGCGGCAUUGGUCGGCUGGACCCCCAGCUGUCCGUCUUCAAGCCCGCCGCGCUCGCCCCCGGUCGGGGGAGGGGCCAGAAGGAGAACCGCCUGGAGGGGGUGGUGUCACACGGCGGCGUCACUCCUCCUCCCCCGCCUCCUCAAAACGCCUCCCAACAAGGCUCACUACCGCACAAGACACAAGGUGACCGUGACACCCUCUCGUGCACCAACCCCCCUCACCAGAGGCUGUCUGUUAGCAGGGCAUCCACCCCAACCCAGCAGCAGCAGCAGCAGCCGUCCUCCCCCACGCAACCACCCGGCCCUGACACCCCCCCAACAACCCAACCAGGACAUCCGGGGCAUCAUCCGGGGCAGCAUCCGGGGCGGCGUCUGCCCAGGAGGGAGUACUGCCGGGUGGAGCUCCCGCGGAUGAGCCUGUACGUGGAGCGCCGGGCCAUCGCGGGGGAGCACGUGGCCGGGGGCAGCGAGGGCUGCCCCAGCCUGCUCUCCUCCCCCUGCAGCGAGAAGGCCUUCGACUUCCAGGACCUGCGCAAGCUGAGCCGCGCCUUCUCCGAGUGCUCCUACCCAGGCACGGAGGACGAGGAUGGGGGUGUGGGUGGGGUUGGUGGCGGACGUGUUGGUGGUGGAGGUGGUGGUGGAGUUGGUGGAGCCGCCCUGGAGUUUCGGAGGGGAAUGGCAGGACGCCUGGAGAGGAAACCCAGCCGGCGCGAGGCCCAGGCGCUGCUGCUGCGCUCCCUGUCCGGCCACAGGGGGCGCUCCUCCGUGCUCAGCCGCGUGCAGGAGAUCGAGCAGACGCUGAGGGACCGGCCCGAGCAGGCGCCCCAGUACCCCAGCAGCUGCUUCGGGCCCGGGGGGUCCAUCCCCAACCCCCCCACGUCCACGUCCAGCCGGUCGGCCUGGGCCGCCGCCGAGCGGAGGCAGCAGCAGAGAAGCACCUGCACAAGCCCCGUAGACUUCCAACCGGGAGGUCACAUGAGCAGUAGAGUGGGCAGCCCUGUUCCUGUGAGAAGCCCUGGGCCCUCCCAACACUACCAGCACCACCACCAGCAGCAACAACAACAACAACAACAACAACAACAGCACCCACCCAGAGGCAUGCCUGUCAACCCCCUGCCCAAACCCAGGCGGACCUUCGAGUACGAGCUUAACUACCCCCAUGAGCGGCCCAUGUCGCCAGGCAAUGGCUGCCCUCCCCAGAGACCCGCGUCUUCCCCGUCCCCCACCGCCCCGCGGCAGCACAUCAGAACCGGCAGCGGGUUCUGCAGGACCGUUCUCAACAGGGACUGGUACUGUUUAGGCGAUGCCGCCCAUCGCUCCAACUUCCACCCGAUCUCCGUCCAGACCAAUGGAAGCGUCUCCAUGCCGAUGUGCCACCGCUCCGGCUCCAGGAGCUCCUUUGACGAGAACCCGUACGAAGACGUCAACAGUAAGCAGAAAUUGUCCAAUAAGGAGGGUUCUGAAGAUGCGCUCGAGAUGAGGGAUCGGGAUUGGAGGAACCGCCUGGCGAGGGACAGCCUGCAGGAGAGGAAGAGCAUCAUACCCCCCCAGCCAUCUCUGGGCCUGUCGGGUUCGGCUGGCCGUCGUGGCCAGAGGUCGUCCCAGCUCCUGGAGCAGCGUGUGUGUGGUGACCGGCUGCUGCUGAGCCGCGCGUCCCCGUCCCCGUGCCCGAGUCCCUUCCGGCCCCUCAGCCCCGCCCCUCCAGACGUCACCGCCGCCACCCUCAGGGGCUCUGGAGAGACACUGUCACCCCCGCCACACCUCAGGGUGCCAAAGCUGGUCCUGCGGAUCAACUCCAUCUACCGCAACAAGAGGGGAAAGAAGAGACUCAAGAAACUCUCCACGUCCAACACAGAGAUCUCCUCCUCUGUCAGAGAAGACAACAGCGGGAGUGAGAGUGAUUCAGACGAUCGCUUCAAUGUGAACACCCAGAGGCUGCUGCGGUUGCAGUCCCUGCUGCGCCGCUCGCCCAGCUACCGCACGCUGGAGCUGCAGCUGCUGCAGUGGCAGGAGCGGAGGGAGCUGUUUGAGUACUUUGUGGUGGUGGCCCUGCGGAAGAGGCCUGGCAAGAGCUGCUACACCCCCGAGGUCACCUACCAGUUCCCUAAGUUGGACCGGCCGACCAAAGAGAUGCGGGAGGCGGAGGAGAGGCUGAAGGCCAUCCCCCAGUUCUGCUUCCCCGACGCCAAGGACUGGAGCCCAGUCACCCAGUACAGCAGCGAGAGCUUCUCUUUCAUGCUGACCGGCGAGGACGGCGGGAGGCGCUUUGGGUACUGCAGACGCCUGCUGCCCAGUGGUUCAGCUGCCCGCCUGCCUGAAGUCUACUGUGUCAUAAGUCGUCUGGGUUGUUUUGAUCUCUUCUCUAAGAUCCUGGACGAGGUGGAGAGGCGUCGGGAGAUCUCGGCCGCUCUGGUCUACCCCUUCAUGAGGAGCCUGAUCGAGUCGCCGUUCCCAGCCCCCGGCAAGACCAUCCGAGUCAAGACCUUCCUGCCGGGAACAGGAAAUGAGGUGAUGGAGCUGCAGCGUCCGGCUGACUGUCGGCUGGAGCACGUGGCUCUGCGGAGUCUGUUCGGCUGCCUGAGUGUUCCGCAGAUCAUCCGCAUCUUCGCCUCGCUGCUGCUGGAGCGCCGCGUGGUCUUCGUCGCCGACAAGCUCAGCACCCUGUCGAGCUGUGCCCACGCGGUGGUGGCACUACUGUACCCGUUCUCCUGGCAGCACACCUUCAUCCCAGUGCUGCCGGCCGCCAUGCUGGACAUGGUGUGCUGCCCCGCCCCCUUCCUGGUGGGCAUCCUGUCCAGCUCCCUGCCCCGCCUCAAGGAGAUGCCCCUCGAGGAGACCCUGAUGGUGGACCUUCGAUCAGACCGGUUUAUUAGGCAGAUAGAUGACGAAGCGACCCUGUUGCCGAGGAAACUCCAGGCGGCUCUGGAGCAGGCUCUGGAGCAGAGGGAUGACCUCAUUGGCCAGGACUCCGACAGCGAAUCAGAAGACGAGAGCCAUUCCCUGAACAGCGUGGUGUCGGAGGCCUUCAUCCGCUUCUUCCUGGAGACCAUGGGCCACUUCCCGCUCUUCAUGACGCACACGGCCACGGGCGAGCGCACCUUCCAGCGCGACGCCUUCCGGAAGGCCGUGGCCUCGCGCAGCGUGCGGCGCUUCCUGGGCGUCUUCAUGGAGUCCCAGAUGUUCCACGGCUUCAUCCAGGACCAGGAGCUGCGCACCAGCCGAGUGAAAGGUCUGUUUGAGGUGCGGGUGGAGCAGUACCUGGAUGAGCUGCCGGAGGUGGAGCAGGGGGGAGUUAACCGCUUCUUCCGUGGGCUAGGAAAUAAAAUCAAGUUUCUCCAGAAAAAGAACUGACACCAAGAAGCAGGAUGAUGACCUACAAACCUAGGAGCAGACCACUUAUGUCACUUUUGUGAAAUCUAUUUGUAUGUGGUGCUUGUACAGUGUUAACAAUCGUUUGGAAAAUGUUAUUUUUUGUUUUUACUUUGUAUGGCUGAAUGUUAUGUAUGUUUGUAUGGCUUUUGUAUGUUCCAAGAGACAAUCAUUAUUCAAAACCAAAGAUUUAAAGUUUACACAUGUUUUGUUGCAAUUUUGGAGAAAGCAUUCUUUAGACCUCCAAAAUAUCAGCUGUUUAUAAAUGCCAUGGCUUGAUGACCCAAACUCAAAAUGCAUAUGCAUAUGAACAGGGACAUCUAGUGUUCAGACAUGUCAUGUUUGUACAAUAAACCAGUUUUGUUUUCAAGUA